AUGGCUACACCCAGUCAAGUCUUCCGCUAUACCUCUCUGCCCGCCGAGCUUCGAAACGCAAUCAUGGAAUACGCACUUGUCCCUGGCGAUGUCUACCCAUGCUUAACGGAAUCGAAGCCGACAUCCCCGAAGCCAUCUCGCAAGCUGCUCCGGACCGUCCUCAGUCACCCUCGCGCGGUGUUCAAAGUCAGAGUUGGAGGAGUGGAACACCAAGUCGCCACGAAGCAGCCGGGGUUCCAGCUCCUGAGAACGUGCAAAAAGGCGUACCAGGACGGUCACUACAUGUUCUACAGCAUGAACACCUUCCACCUACCCGCCGGAUCCGCUCGCGACGCGGAGGAAUGGUUCGACAACCUGAAGCCCGACCACAGAUCCCUGAUCAAGAGCGCCUGCAUGACCUUUCGCCUCGCGGACCUCACGCCCGAAGUCCUCGUCCAGAUGGACAAGAAAUGGCUCUGGGACCUCCCGCUGAAAACCCGCCAAGACGAGCGACGCAUGGUCUUCGAAGUCACAUAUCUGCUCUGCUGGCGCUUUUGGCUGGAGAAGAUAAGGUUUUUGCAGAAAUGGGAUACGCUGGACACGGUGUGUUUGGAAAAGGCGUGCGGUGAGACGUCCGUCUUUGACGGCGAUGCGUUCCGUGCCCUGGACGCAAAGGAGGAAAAGGUCCUUGUGGAUGUGGCGAGGGAGAAGGUGAAGGUUGAGCUCGAGGGCAUGGUCAAUGAGACGGGUUGGAAAGCUACGAAGAGGUGGCUGAUGACCCGCGGGCCUGCUUCUGGGGCGUAA